AUGUAUCAGCAGCAUUAUAGCCCGAAGAAACCGGUUCCCAAAUCGUCUACGAGCAGUUUAUCAAUUGCCGCUGGGGGCGGGAAUGGGGCGGCAUCUUUGCCUCAGAAUAUUUGCCUUUUACAGACUGAACUUCUUCAGCUGCAUCUUCUGCAUUCCCAGGCUCUAGACGCCAAGCGAAAGUGGGAGGCUAGUGCGGAUACAAAGUGUCGCAAAUUACAUGAAUCGGUGGCUACGAGCUACCGUUCUGUGCUUUCCAGUGAGCGCUCCAUACAGCAGAAUCGCAAUGCAGCGGCAAUCGAGCAGUUUGCGGCGGAUAUCAAAGCCAGCAAUAGCCGUUAUGACCUCCCGUCGCAGAUACAAAUGCUGUCAAAGGUCAUACAGGAAGUUUCUGAUAUGACUGAUCCAGGGGAAGGGAGAUACAGUCUUGUGAUACAAGAAUUCGAGGAGUGGUCUACGCGUGUUCAGCAAAUCAGACAAAAUAGAUCGCAGCCCACGAGUAAUGGCAAUGCUACGACAGUCAGGAUCGACUCGGAGUUCGUUGAUCCUUUAAGCGAUGCGUGGAAAACUCAAGUAGCUGCGUUGUCGACGAAGCUGGAAUUGUGCUCACGAGAGCUGGAUUGUUUGGAGGUUAGUUCGGCCGUAACAGAGCAAGCUGUUUCUGAUUAUGACGCUUCGGCUUUGGUCAAGGCCGUCAGGGGGCAUAGGGUGCUGAUACAAUCGAUGAUCCAAGAAUUGGACGUCAUGGCAAAGAUUGAAUUUGAAGUGGUGAAGCUGGAAAAGUGCUGGGUAAAGAGAAAUGUAGAGCCUCUAUGGGCAGAUAUAAACCAGGAUAUUGAGAUACGGAUUCCCGCCUGGAAAAUGUGA